AUAUUUGCAAUUUGCACAGUUUUUGUACUGGCUAAUUAUUCGAAUGAGACUAUUUAUUAGCCAGAUUCUAUGUCACUACGAUGUUACAAUAGGUUAAGAAUAUUUCAGUAAUUAGUUAAGCAGAUUGAAAGCAAGUCACGUGAUAAUACGGGCAUUGCUUCAGACAAGCCAGUCGUGUCUCUGCACGUCAUCAGGCACUACAUCGAGCAUGAAGAUUUUAGCGUUGACGGCAGCAAGUUUCGUCUCUACGGGUGCUGUGGUGGGCUACGCCUUCUACCGCAACCAACAGUUUUAUCCAGCAAUGGUCUAUCUCGUCAAAUCGAACCCCAGCAUGGCCGUUUUGUAUGCUCAAGCGUUUGUGUUUGUUAUGCUACUGGCUAAGAUUCUACGUAAAGUUUUUUUCGGGCAGCUGAGAGCUGCAGAAACGGAGCAUCUGAUGGAAAGGUCUUGGUAUGCUGUCACGGAAACGUGUCUAGCGUUCACUGUCUUCCGGGAAGACUUUAGUUUCUGGUUCGUCGCAAUGUUUACUCUGCUUCUUUUCCUGAAGGGAUUUCAUUGGCUGACAGAAGACAGAAUUGAUUACAUGGAGAGGAGUCCAGUCAUUACUUGGUUGUUCCAUGUCAGAGCAACUACACUCCUACUGCUUCUUGGAACAAUCGAUUCAUUGUUCAUUCACCAUGCUUAUCAUGUCAUCACAACUCAGGGUGUCUCAGUUCAGAUAGUCUUUGGGUUUGAAUAUGCAAUCCUUCUCACAUUAGCUGUCAAUGCCAUGGCAAAGUACGUUCUCCACACCAUUGAUCUGCAGAGUGAAAACCCUUGGGAGAACAAGGCUGUUUACAUGCUCUACCUUGACUUUUUUCUAGGAUUUGUGAGGGUUAUUUUGUAUACUGCGUUUAUGGUGAUUAUGAUUAAAGUACAUACGUUUCCUUUGUUCUCGAUACGACCGAUGUACAUGACAAUCAGGGCGUUCAGAAAGUCUCUGAGCGAUGUGAGGUUAUCACGACGAGCUAUAGCUAACAUGAAUACUUUGUAUCCUGACGCUACAGCAGAAGAAUUGGCGCAGAGCGAUGUGUGUAUUAUAUGCCGGGAAGAGAUGGCCGGUGAAGGAUGCAAGAAGUUGCCGUGCACUCACAUCUUUCAUGCCAGCUGCUUGCGUUCGUGGUUCCAACGCCAGCAGACGUGUCCGACGUGCCGCAUGGACAUACUGAGUCCGCCCGUAGCAGCUCAAGCGGCUGCGGACGCAGUGAGAGUGAGACAGGACAGACUCCAGCAACAGGCAAGACAAGAUCGACGUGAACAGCAGUCUCAGCCACCUGCCGCACCACGUCAGCAACCAGCUGCACCACCGGCUCCUGCUGGUCCGAUGCCUCAACCACCGUUUGGUCUAUGGCAGCUACAUCAGCCUCCUUUCUUUCCUCCUGGGAUGCCUGCAGCCAAUGCUGUUCCUCGACCUGAAAAUAUUGAGCAACAGGGGCAGUUGGCUACAGGUGGACAACAACAACAGCAACAAGACCAACCUGCAGCGAUAUUGACAGAUGGAACAACCGCAACGACGGAGCCUCGUGCGGCAGCUUCAGUCGAAGAAGUUGCAUCAGCUACAAACGAGCAGCCUCCACAAAUGCCAGGACAGUUUUCCAUGCCAGGUAUGGCUGCCGCGAUGCCACCUUUUAUGCCGCCACCGUUCAUGUUCUCACCGCCAAUGUUUGGCUUUCCUCCUAUGCCAGGGGGAUUUCCUCCGUUUCCUAAUUUGAACGUCCCGCUCGGUAGUCUGAGUGAUGAACAACUGCGGGAGUUGGAGGGACGAGAGCGAGCAAACGUGGAGGCUCGUGUCGCCCUGUUACGCAACGUUCACUCGCUACUCGAUACAGCGAUUACGCAGUUGCAUCAAUACAGUCAAGCCGCUGCUGUGAACACCGGACUCUCUCCGCCCGUUCCCCCGUCGUUUACGAGGGCGUCGGCAGAUGAAGAACAAGCUGUGUACGUUUCUGCUUCCGUGGAGGAGACGAGUGAGACGGAUGUAGGCAGGGAGUACGUUUCGACGGACACGCACGUUCUCGGGGAUCAAGACCUACGGCAACGACGUCUGUCACGCUUUGAUUCGAGUCCUGCGACAGUGGAGAGACAGACUAGUAGCAUACCGGAUGAGACACGCGAAGAUGAUGAGUCUGGUUAGUGUGGAUAGUGAAUGAUGGCAAGUC